GCAACAAGGACCAUCAUGGAGCAAAUUGGAGGUACAUGAUGAAGGAACACGGAGCAACAUGAAAAAACAAGGAGCAACGAGGAAUGCUGGACAGAACGAUGAAGGGACAUCAGUCUCCACAGCAGAAGUAUCCUCUUUUCUUUCAGGGUUUCUGCGAAAACCUCUUGUUUUCAUUAACUGCUAUGAAACAUGUUCCCACCACGGAAUCGUUUGAUAAUAAAAAUGUGAAAUCUCUCUGACGCCCAUUUCGCUUUUAAAUAUUUGAUAAUAUGGCAGCCUAUCCAUGCCUCUUAAAUCCUUUUCUUCCCAUCAAUACAUACACAAGGAGCAGGGCUCUCGAUGUUUUCGAGUCAAGGACUCCCAACACUCAGAGUGCAGUAAAUGUGGAUUUAAGAUGAAAUCCUCCGGCAGCGCAAGCAAUACUGUAAUAAAACACCAAGAGCGGUGCUGAUUACUGAGUUUUAAAACAAGAAAAAUGUGGGAACGUGCUGCACUUGGUGACUUUAUGUAUGAAACGGUUGAGAAGGUCAGUCAUUCCUGGCCCAGGUCCGCAGCCUUGCACUUACCAGCACGGCCGCCAGGUGGCGCUCUCCGCCGUCACGGACUGCAGGAACACUGCAGCCUCAUUUGAUUACUAGAACAGUUCAAACUCAUAUUUUCUAUCGAUGCGCAAGGUGAUACGUUAGAAAAAAAAAAUCAUUAACAUCAGCACUGCUGCUACACAAUAUAACCAGUAGUUGAAAGUGACGCGAGUAAUUUUCAUAGUUUUGGUACUAUAUAUUUAAGUAAUUUACAUGUAAAUCAUUCAUGUGCAUGACAUGUAAAACAGCUUCGGUGGUUUGAAGGGAAUGAGACAAAGGGGACGUACAGACAGCUGAGCACUGAAAUGAGGAGGCGUCCAUUGCAAAAAACAUGCAGGAAAAAAGAGAGCAGAGACAUAAUUCAUACUGGAAAAAAAAAAAAAAUGAUGACAUGAUGAUGCUCGCGGUGCGCAUGAUGAUGGAGACUGUCUCGCGGAAUAAGCUGCUUUCAGCUUCUCUUCGCGCGGCGUUCAGCUCAGUUCAUCAUCAUGUUGUGUUAAAUAUGUCGGAAGAUGCUCAGGAGGCACGUGCACAGGUGAAGCAGCCCUCGCGCACACCGUGCUGCAGGUGACUGACUGAUGAGUGAUGGACAGUGGUUUGAGGUACACGAGACAGGUGAUGACUGGCGGUGAGACCAGGAUGGGUGGGGGGGGGGGGGUGACUGCGAUGACAGGGAUGACGCCGGUGAGUGAUGACCCCAACGGCUGUGAUUAAAGUGAUGUCUGUGAUGACUGCAGUGACCGUGGUGAAAGUGAUGGGGCGGUGAUGACUGCGAUGACUGCGGUGACUGCGACGACAGCGAUGAGAGCGAUGACUCCGAUGACUGCUGCGCCGCGAUCCUCUCUUUCUGCCCCGGUGUGGAGUGACAGGCGCGUCAGAGGGGCAGAAACGCCCCCCGGUGAUGAUGUCGGCGGUGGGGGAGGUGUGUGAGGGGUGUGUGGUGUGUGUGUGUGUGCUCUGAGUGAUGAGGCUGAUGUGAACGCACCGCCGCCUCACACACUCACGCACUUAUUCCACAGGGAUAGAGCCGCUCGGACCCUCGGACCUUCGGAGCCUCGGACCCGCGCGCGAAGGAAGACGACACACACAGGCGACCCCCAUGGCCGGACUCGCGUUCGCGGCGACCUCUCUUCUCCUCCUCGGGAUCAUCAUGUGCACGGCCGUGGUGUCGGCGGCGCGGAUUUACCCCCCGAACGAAGUGACGCUGCUGGACUCCAGGUCGGUCCAAGGAGAGCUCGGCUGGGUCGCCAGUCCCACAGAAGGAGGGUGGGAGGAGGUGAGCAUCAUGGAUGAGAAGAACACGCCAAUCCGCACCUACCAGGUGUGCAACGUCAUGGAGCCCAACCAGAACAACUGGCUGCGGACGGACUGGAUCGCCCGCGGAGGAGCCCAGCGGGUCUACAUAGAGAUCAAGUUCACGCUGCGGGACUGUAACAGCCUCCCCGGGGUGAUGGGCACCUGCAAAGAGACAUUCAACCUCUACUACUACGAGUCCAACAACGACAAGGAGCGCUACAUCAGAGAGAACCAGUUCGGCAAGAUCGACACCAUCGCUGCCGACGAGAGCUUCACCCAGGUGGAUAUUGGGGAUCGCAUCAUGAAGCUCAACACGGAGGUGCGGGACGUGGGCGCGCUCACGCGCAAGGGCUUCUACCUGGCCUUCCAGGACGUGGGCGCGUGCAUCGCCCUGGUCUCCGUGCGCGUCUUCUACAAGAAGUGCCCCCUGACCGUGCGCAACUUGGCCCAGUUCCCGGACACCAUCACGGGGGCCGACACCUCGUCGCUGGUGGAGGUGCGGGGCUCCUGCGUCAACAACUCGGAGGAGAAGGACGUACCCAAGAUGUACUGCGGCGCCGACGGGGAGUGGUUGGUGCCCAUCGGGAACUGCCUCUGCAACACCGGGUUCGAGGAGCGCAACGGAGAGUGCCAGGCCUGUAAGAUCGGCUACUACCGCGCCCUGUCCACGGACGGCAGCUGCUCCAAGUGCCCCCUGCACAGCUACUCCACCAGAGAGGGCGCCACCUCCUGCAACUGUGACAAGGGCUACUUCCGCGCCGAGACGGAUCCGGCCUCCAUGCCCUGCACCCGCCCUCCCUCUGCUCCUCAGCAUCUCAUCUCCAACGUGAACGAAACGUCGGUAAACCUGGAAUGGAGCCCGCCGGUGUCCACGGGCGGCCGGCAGGACCUGAGCUACAACGUGGUGUGCAAGCGAUGCGGGGCGGACCCCCAGCGCUGCCAGCCCUGUGGAAAUGGCGUGCACUUCUCCCCCCAGCAGCUGAACCUGCGGGGCACGCGCGUCUCCAUCACGGACCUGCAGGCCCACACCAACUACACCUUCGAGAUCUGGGCCGUCAAUGGCGUGUCCAAGCAGAGCCCCAGCUCCGAUCAGGCCGUAUCGGUCACCGUCACCACCAACCAGGCUGCACCUUCCCCUGUCACCUCCAUCCAGGCCAAGGACAUUACAAGGCACACGGUGUCCCUGUCGUGGCAGGAGCCGGAGAGGCCCAACGGGGUCAUCCUCGAAUAUGAGGUCAAAUACUACGAGAAGGAUCAGAACGAGAGGAGCUACCGCAUCAUCAAGACCGCAUCCCGCAACGCCGACAUCAAGGGUUUGAACCCGCUGACCUCCUACGUGUUCCACGUGCGCGCCCGCACCGCAGCUGGUUACGGGGACUUCAGCACCCCCUUCGAGUUCAUGACCAACUCCGUUCCUUCCCCGGUCAUCGGCGACGGAGCCAACCCCACGGUUCUCCUGGUGUCUGUGGUGGGGAGCGUGGUCCUCCUCAUCAUCCUCAUCAGCGCCUUCGUCAUCAGCAGGAGGAGGAGCAAGUACAGCAAGGCUAAGCAGGAUUCCGACGAAGAGAAACACUUACACCAAGGUGUGAGGAUAUAUGUGGAUCCGUUCACGUACGAAGACCCGAACCAGGCCGUUCGGGAGUUCGCCAAAGAGAUCGACGCAUCCUGCAUCAAGAUCGAAAAAGUUAUCGGAAUCGGUGAGUUCGGGGAGGUGUGCAGCGGACGCCUGAAGAUGCCCGGCAAGCGGGAGAUCUGCGUGGCCAUCAAGACCCUCAAGGCGGGCUACACCGACAAACAGAGACGGGACUUCCUGAGCGAGGCCAGCAUCAUGGGCCAGUUUGACCACCCCAACAUCAUUCACCUGGAGGGCGUCGUUACCAAAUGUAAACCAGUCAUGAUCAUCACGGAGUACAUGGAGAAUGGGUCGCUGGAUGCAUUUUUAAGGAAGAACGACGGGCGCUUCACUGUGAUCCAACUUGUGGGCAUCUUGCGCGGCAUCGCCUCAGGCAUGAAGUACCUCUCGGACAUGAGUUACGUGCACCGUGACCUGGCUGCCCGCAACAUCCUGGUCAACAGCAACCUGGUGUGCAAGGUUUCAGACUUUGGCAUGUCGCGUGUGCUGGAGGACGACCCCGAGGCAGCCUACACCACACGGGGUGGGAAGAUCCCCAUCAGGUGGACUGCCCCCGAGGCCAUCGCCUACAGGAAGUUCACCUCCGCCUCCGAUGUGUGGAGCUACGGAAUUGUCAUGUGGGAAGUGAUGUCAUACGGAGAGCGGCCAUACUGGGACAUGAGCAACCAGGAUGUGAUCAAGGCCAUCGAGGAAGGCUACCGGCUGCCCCCGCCCAUGGACUGCCCCGUGGCUCUCCACCAGCUCAUGUUGGACUGCUGGCAGAAGGACCGCGGCGAGCGACCCAAGUUCAGCCAGAUCGUCAACAUGCUCGACAAGUUGAUCCGCAAUCCCAACAGCCUGAAAAGGACAGGGGGCGAGACGACCAGGCCGAACACCACCCUUCUGGAUCCCAGCAGCCCGGAGUUCUCCUCGCUGGGCUCCGUGGCCGACUGGCUGCAGGCCAUCAAGAUGGAGCGUUACAAGGACAACUUCGCGGCUGCCGGAUACACCGCGCUGGAGGCCGUCGUGCAGAUGACGGAGGAGGAUAUGGCGAGGAUAGGGAUCUCUUCGGCGGCGCACCAGAACAAGAUCCUCACCAGCGUCCAGGGGAUGAUGUCUCAAAUGCAACAGAUCCAAGGCAGAAUGGUUCCCGUCUGAGCCGAGAGCCGGCAAACUCAUAACAACUGCUUUUUGAAACGGAACGAAAUAGUAAAAUAGUUUACCUCAUCCAUGCACUUUAAAUUUGAAUUUUUCCUUUUUUUUUUUUUUUUUUUUUUUUUUUUUUAAAAAAAAAAAGAAGGCAGAAGACGAGAAAUGCAGAAACAAAGGCACUUUUAUAAAGAUUCAUUCCUGCUCUUUCACGACCGGAUAUUGUCCAUCUGCAGCGUUGUAAGGGAACGACAGGUUCAGCAGAGGCCCAACUGGUGUGCCUUCAGAGAUACCGCAGAACUGGGAAAGAUUAUUAUUAUUUUUUUUUUUUUUUUGUCCUUCUCGUCAAAUUUGCUCCAAGAGUUCUUCUUGCGAGACAUCCACAAUCGUGCGUGUUUUUUUUUUUUUUUUUUUUUUUUUAAUGCUUUGUUUUUUGCCAUUUUUUCCGCAAUUUGCUGCCAUGUCAGACGUUAAUGAGGGUGUUUGUUCAGGAGACUCGCUGAAACUGCGCUACCCCAUCUUCGUGGAAGCACCUUUUUCGGGUGGGGCUUAUGGGGUGUUUUUUCUUUUUCCCAUUGGUUUGUUGCUUUUAAUUUGUUGGAAUGAAAUAUUUUUUCCUCAGGACAUUCUGGGAGAGGCUUUGAUGAGAAGGAGCGUCUUUCCUGCUCCCCCCCCAACCCAAACCCGUCGUUGUAUAUAGACCUUCCUUCCAUGUCCAGAUGUUCUACCUACGUUUGGCUGCACAUGCUUUGUGGACCGGCUCAACGCUGGCCAUUUUUUUUCUUCCCGGACCGAAAGGGAACCAGCCUGACGUUACCAAAAGUUCCUUCCCGGUUGGAAAAAACAGAAAAAAAAAAAAAAAAAAACAAAA